AUGGCAGAGGAGUUGAUAUUGUUAGAUGAAUGGGUUAGUAUGUUUGGUAUGAGAGCAAGGAUAGCAUUGGCUGAAAAAGGGAUAAAGUAUGUGUACCAUGAAGAAGAUCUUGACAACAAGAGCCAAAGGCUUUUGCAAAUGAACCCAAUUCAUAAGAAGAUUCCAGUUCUUAUCCAUAAGGGAAAACCCAUUUGUGAGUCUAUAAAUAUCGUUGAGUAUAUUGAUGAAGUUUGGAAUGGUAGUGUUCCAUUUCUACCCUCAGAUCCUUAUCUGAAAUCUCAAGCCAGAUUUUGGGCUGAUUUUGUCAACAAGAAGGUUGGUGAUGUUUGGGGGAGGAUAUGGCCUGGAAGGAGAGAUGAGAUAGAAGUGGCAAAAAAGGAGUUGAUUGAAGGGUUAAAGGAAUUGGAGAAUGUGCUUGGAGACAAACCUUAUUUUGGCGGUGACACAUUUGGGUUUGUUGAUAUUGCUUUGAUUCCUUUCCACGGUUGGUUUUAUACUUAUGAGGAGUUAUGCAAUGUCAAAGUUGAGGCAGAGUGUGGUAAGCUGAUUGCUUGGGCAAAGAGAUGCAAACAAAGGGAGAGUGUUUCCAAAUCUGUUGCUGAUGAGAAAGAGGUGUAUGAGUAUGUUGUUAACUAUAGGAAGAGAUUUGCCUUGGAUUGA